AUGAAACGUAUAAUGGCAAUUACAAAAUGUUCACUUAUUAGCAUUUUGUUCUUGUUACUUUUAUUUUACCAAGAAAGUUCAUGCAGUAAAAAAGCGUUAAAUAAUGGCAAGAACAAUUAUGGAUUAAACGAUGAUGAAUUAGGGGCAAUACUAUUCGGGCUUAAUUAUGACUCAAUAGCCAAAAAUAAAGACAAUUUGGAAAAAAGGAAAAAUGUAGAAAAUGAAUCCAUAUUCCUUCGCAAUUUUGCCAAUGAAGACACAUCGAACAACACGCAGAGUGAAAAAACACAAAAAGAAAUUGAAACUGAAAGUGUGAAUAGCAACAAAAAAGAGGUUGCUACUUCAGAGAAGAAUCACAUAAGCAACGAAAACUUGUCCGUUAAAAAUGAAAAGGUUGAACUAAAGAAUGAUGAACUGUUAGGGGGAAAUUUUGACAAGGAUAAAGUAAACAAAAAGGGAGAUAACACAAGCACUACUAAUAAUGAUGAUUUAACAAAUAGCAGUGGAAAACAAAGUGUAGACAUUAGGGAAUCCCAAAAUAUAAAUAACUACAUACAGAAGACAGGUGACACGAAUAUAGAAAAAUCGGAGUCCCUGCAAAAAGAUGUGAACAUUAAAAAUCAUAAUGAAGAAACUAAUGACGCGAAAAGGUUAGAUAGCAGACAAACAAACAGUGAAAAAAGUAAAAUAUCGAAAGACACAAUUGAUAAAAGUGUUCAAUCGAAUGAGUUCACAAAAUUGGCCAUUAACAGGUUAGAUAAAAAAGAAAAUGAACUAAAAAGUGCCAAUCUGGAAAAAAAUCAAAAUGCAAAAAAAGACUUAUUAGAAAAUGCCCCCCAAAGAGAAGAUGGCAAAAAAAUAACUCAUCCUGAAAAUUCCAAGAGUGAUGAGUAUGGUGUGAACGUUUCACUAAAUAAUGAAGAGGUAAAAAAUACAAACACUAAAAGUGUAUCCAAUUCUGAAGAUCAUACCGUUAGCUAUUCAGAAGAAAAGUUCGGUACGCACGUUGCGAAUUCCCCAAAAGGCAUGCUGAAAAUUAUAAAACCAGUGCAAUUCCAUGAAAGCGUAUACAGUAAAUUAAAUGAUGGCUCUCCUGAAUAUGACGAAAAUUCAAUUUUAAACGGAAUAAACGAAAACAAUGAAAAUAUCUUUUCCGAAAAGAUAACUUUAAGAAAAGGUGCUAAAGACAGAAACGAAUAUGAAUACUUCAAGCUGAAAAGUAAUGACUUUAAAGUAUUAGGAAUAAUAAAUAAAUAUUCCUCAAGAGGGGGAUUCUCCAUAUCGGUUGACUGCGGAGGGUAUGACGAUUUCGAUGAAGUCCCAGGAAUUUCUAACUUAUUGAAGCAUGCUAUUUUUUAUAAAUCUGAAAAAAGAAACACAACGCUAUUAAGCGAAUUGGGAAAAUAUUCAUCAAAAUAUAACAGCUAUAUUAGUGAAUCCUUUACUAGUUACUAUGCAACUGCCCAUUCUGAAGACAUUUACCAUUUGCUUAAUUUAUUUGCAGAAAAUUUGUUUUAUCCUGUAUUUAGUGAAGAACAUAUACAAAAUGAAGUUAAAGAAAUUAAUAAUAAAUACAUUUCUAUGGAAAAUAGUCCUGAAUAUUGCCUGAAAAUUGCUAGUCAGUACAUCACAGAUUUUAAAUAUUCGAAAUUUUUCGUCAAUGGAAAUUACACCACUUUGUGCGAAAACGUUUUAAAGAAUAGGUUAAGCAUAAAAAAUAUUUUGGCUGAAUUUCAUAAAAAAUGUUAUCAGCCAAGAAAUAUGUCCUUGACAAUACUGUUAGGAAACAAGGUAAAUACUGCCGAUCACUACAACAUGAAGGAUGUUGAAAAUAUGGUUGUCCACAUAUUUGGAAAGAUAAAAAAUGAGAGCUACCCCAUUGGUGGGGAGGGUAUAGAGAAACAAAUUAAUCGUAUGGAAUCAGAAAGGGUAAAUUCUAAUGGGAAAAAAGACAGUUAUAAUGAUGCAAAUUUCAUCUACAUGGAAGGGCGAAAUGAAAAGGAAGCUGUGUUUCUCCAAUAUAUGAAUGAGCUUCAUUACUCGCUUGAUUUAAACCAGAAGACCAGGUAUGUUGAAAUAUUAAAAAAGGAAAAAUGGGGGGAUCAACUUUACCUGUACUGGAGUUCCAGAACUAAUGCUGAGUUGUGUAAAAAAAUUGAAGAGUUUGGAUCAAUGUCAUUUUUACGUGAAAUAUUUUCUGACUUCAGAAGGAAAGGAUUUUAUUAUAAGAUAUCUGUGGAAAAUAAAUAUGUGUAUGAUUUGGAGGUUACCAGCAUAUGUAAUAAGUACUACUUGAAUUUCGGAAUAUUGGUAAAAUUAACACAAAGCGGGAAAAGUAACCUCGCUCAUCUUAUACACAUAUGCAACGUGUUCGUUAACGAAAUAAGCAAGUUAUUUGAUCGUGACAGUUUAGAUAAAGGUAUAAGUAAAUACAUCCUUGACUAUUACAGGGAGAAAGCAUUGGUCACCGAUUUGAAUUUUAACAGUGAUAAUGUUAAUGUAAGCCUUAAUGAUUUAGUAAUUUAUUCGAACAGAUUACUGCUUCACGCUGAUGACCCAUCUUCCCUUUUAACCAUUAAUAGUUUAAUUGAAGACAAGUAUAAAAAUGACUUUCGCAAUCACAUUAAAAUAACAAGUUUGUUGGGAUCUCUAAUUAGAAAUGAUAAUUUAAAUAUUAUAAACGUUGUAGAUGUAUUCAGCUUAACAGACCAGAGUGAAAUUCCGAAUACUACCAUAACGUAUGCUUUAGGGGAAAAUCCAUAUUUGGUUGGUGAAGGAAGAGUUACAAACGAUGUAAAUAUUGCACUUCCAGAAAUAAAAGUUUGCCCUUUCAACAACUUUGACCAUAACAACGUUUUACAUGAAGAAUCAUUUUUCUGUGUCCCAUACAGCAAUAGAGAAAACUUUGAAUUUUCAGACACGAAACCAAUGUUUGUGUCUGAGGAAAAUAAGAAUAAGUUCAGAGAUAACGUUUUAUAUAGCAUGCCUUGUUUGAUUAAAUCAUCCUAUGGGUACAAUGUUUAUUUUAAAAAAGGUCUAACAGAUGCUUCAAAAGUGAAAGCUGAUUUCGUUUUUUAUUUCCCUUCUGAAAAGUUCACUUUUUAUGAAGCUAUUUUUUCCCGUAUACACAUUAUAAUUUUGAGGAAAAAAAUAAAACUCUUCCUCACUGAUUAUGCUAGCUGUUCGAUAAAUGUGCAUAUCAAGCACAACGCAGAAUCGUACACUGUACAUGUGGACAGUAACAGCUAUUAUUUCGCAGAAUUGAUUAGCAAACUAGGGGACCUCUUAUCAGUGAAAGAAACCCCCUCCAAAGAAGAAUUUGCCGAUGCUUAUGAUGAAUUAAGUAUGUACGUGAGAAGUAGCAGAGAAUUGGGAGCGGCAAAUUCGUUAAAAAUUAUGAAUUCCUUAUUUAACCAAUAUGACCCAACGGACAAAGAGAUGGAUGACCUUUUAAGCGCAUACUUCUUUUAUCCUUCAUAUAAGGAUUACACCAAAUAUGUAGUUGAUUUUUUUCAUAGAAAUUAUGUUAGCAUAUUUAUAUAUGGAAAUAUUGCAAUGACGACGGAAAAGGAAAACGAAAACGCAACUAGCUACACUGACCAAAAUGCUGACAAUGGGGGCAGGGGCGUUCCGAAUAGUAGCAGUCAUGUUAAUGUUAAGGAUAAUACUAAUGCUAGUGUUAAUGGCAAUGCGGAUCAGCACAGAUCGAGUCUGAUGCUUUACACCGAGGCGAAUAAUAAAGGCAGUGUUUCACAGUGGGAGGAGCGAGAUAACAGGCUGCAGGCGCAUGAAAAGCUCGGAGAACAGGCGUUUGCAGCAGCUUCCGUUCAAAUAUCUCACAACGGGGUAGGGAUAGAAUACUUAGUUAACUUGUCGGAGUCAUUCAUAAAGAAAGUAACCAAUGGUGCUGUAAGACGAAGUGAGUCCACGUACUACACGAGUAAAUUAGUUCAUAAUGAAGAUGUCGAAAUAAAUAUUCCCAAUAUGUCUCAAAAUAGGAGCAGCUCAAUAAUAGUGUCCUACACAAUCGAAUCAGAAAGUUUGUUAAGCGAUGUUUUAAUUAACAUUAUCGUUGAUUUAAUAUCAUCCGACUUUGUUAAAGUUUCUAAACUAAGAUAUAAUGAUGGUUACAUGGUUGAAGUAAAACCAUUUUUCACGCGCUAUGGAUUAAGUGGAUUGCUUUUUGUUAUUCAGAGUUUUGACAAGGAUGUUGAAAAACUGGAGGCACAUAUAUGCACCUUUGUAAAAUAUGUGAUAUUUCAACUUAUGAACAUUGGAAUGUCUGAUAUGGUGAAAAAGCUAGAAUCCAUGAAGGAGUAUUAUAUCAUAAAUAACACCAUAUUUACGUUCGACCAAGAGUAUGCAUCCAUAACGGAUCAGCUAGCCUCUGGAAUGGAGUGCUUUGACAAAAAAUACAAAAUAAUAAAAAUAUUCGAUGAAUUAAUUAAUUGCCCUAAAAUAAUUUUGAAUAAAAUGAAUGAUAUUUUAAAAAAUUCCAAGAAGGCAAUUUUUAAGGAAUAUAAAGAAGUUCACGAGUCUUCUGGAAAAAGCGACCAAGUUGAGAAUACGAACUCAUACAUGUGCAAUUAUUCUCGCAAGGCGCCUCCGAAAUUGUCUAGUGUGCAACUGGCAGCGAAUUCUCGGUUGGCUAAGAAAAACAAACCAAAAGAGAGAACUUUGCGAAAUGACACAUUUAGGAUGAACAAAUUACACAAAAAGGAGAAUUUCAUUAAUGUGUCAAAUUUCGUUGAGAUAAAAAGGGAAGGUUUUUUUCAGUAUGUUAUGGAUUAUUUUAGCAGUAACGUGAACUCGCCCUUGAAUGACAGCAAUUAUCUCGACUUUAAAAGCUGCGACGAAGAAAUGUCCAAAAGAAACUUCCACGUAUUUUACAAUUUUGCCAAUGAUAUAAAUAAAAUAAGGGAAUACUUUCUCCUUAUGUUUUCCAGUGAUAAAAAAAUUAGGGAGAAGUGCUCCGUAGAUUAUGAAGAAAUUAGACAGUAUUGCAGUGAAUACUAA